CCCAGCAGCAGUAAACAGCCGCGCUCAUCAUCCGUUAGUUUGGGUCUUCAUGCCCGAUCAUUACAGGAGACUGUAGCGGGACAAGGGAAGGGUAAAGGCCGGUUCUGAAGCUGCGCUCACUCCGUACUUUAUCGGUGUACUCAUCGAUUCCCUGUAGCAGCGACCACUUGACUGGCAUUUGUGUCACACCUCAGUGUCACCAUGGGCUCUUCCAGCACUUCUGCCGCUCUGCUGUGUCUGCUGGUGGGAACAGUGGCUGCCGUUCAGGUCCCACACACAGUGUUUCUGGAUAAGCAGCAGGCGAGCGCGGUGAUCUCACGUCAGAAGAGGGCCGUCGAUGACAGUAACCCUUCCCAGUAUUCCAACUUGGAGCAGGCUUGCAUGGAGAGGGUGUGCUCCUAUGAUGAAGCCAAAAAGUUCUUCGACGACACAUACCGCACGGACAUCUUCUGGUCGGUCUACGUUGACGGAGACCAGUGUGCGGAGAAACCCUGCAAGAAUGGAGCACUCUGUUCGGACAGCGUGGGAGGAUACGACUGUGUCUGCAAGGCGGGUUUCACAGGGGUCCACUGUGAAAAUGACCAGACACUGUGCACCCUGGAAAAGAACAAGGGCUGCUCUCAGUUCUGUAAACCAAGCUACAUGUCCUAUCAGUGCUCCUGUGCCCAUGGAUGGAAGCUCAGCAGAGACAGAAACAAGUGUGAGCCUGCAGUCAGUUAUGCCUGUGGUAAAGUGAACUCUCUGCGUCAGUGGGAUGACAGACAGCAACUCAACCAGAAAAAUAACUAUGAGGGACUCAACUGUAUGUCUUCAGAGUGUCCCUGGCAGGCUCUUCUAAAGACUUCAGAUUCAGCAGGUUUCUGCAGUGGAGUCAUUCUGAAGGAGAACCUGGUUUUGACCUCAGCUCAGUGUGGCAAAAAACACGCUACCUUCCAAGUGGCUGUUGGCAAGGUCAGAACCGACAAUGAAGAGGGAGAGCAGACGCUGCAUGUAGAAUUAGUCCACGUCCACCCGCGCUAUGUGGAGGGCCGCCCUGAAAAUGACCUGGCCGUGGUCCAGCUCCGUGAUCGCAUCGUCUUUAAGAAGGGUGUGAUCGCCGCCUGUCUGCCGGAAAAAGACUUUGCAGAGCGCGUCUUGAUGACAGGACAGAGCCCCGCUGUGAUCACCGGCUGGAAAGAAUCCAAACAAGAAGUAUCUGCUCUCCAGGGCCCGCUCAUUCUUAACCACCUGGCAUACAAGCAACUACCUCAGUGUGUGGAGACUCACCCAAACCUGAUUACCAAUAAAAUGGGCUGCACUGUUCCUCAAACUAAUGCUGACUGUGCCAUGAGCCCUGGAAGCCCCCUGCUCACCUUACACAGGGAGGUGUUCUUCCUCACUGGGGUGGUGAGCCAGCCGCCUGGGGCUGAGUGCAGCAAAGGUUACAUCUUCCAGAAAGUGUCACGCUACAGUGGCUGGCUGCAGUCUCUCAUGGGCACCCGCUAAGCGUGAGUCAGUCAGUAGCUUUUUGGUUUACAUAUAUAGGAUAUUGCAGCUGAUAAUAUAUCAUUAAAAAAAAAGUUAAUCAGGUGAAUGUCUCCAUGUGUGCACCUGUAGCUCAAUCUUCUUAUUAGUGUUUCCUUUUAUUGUCUUGUGAUAAUACCCAUUACCCAUUUCCCAAUUAAUCUGUGGCUAAGCCCCGCCCUCAAAUGCAGCCAGGCAAAUCAUAGCAAGUCCAUAAAAAAGCUAUGGUGAUCAUAAAGUUUCUGUGGAGUUAUUGCGGGUCCGCCCUGAGGACCGAUUGCGGUCAUGCAGCUCAGGAAUGUGGCCGCAUGUGUCCUCAAACCACUUCUGAACAUGGUUUUUGUGAUCAGAUCUGAGGACACAUCCAGGACAUGUCUUAUAUAGGGUCAAAGGUGACUCUGCUAUCUUGCUAAAGUUAACUAACUGCACUGAUGCCAACAUUAGUGUCGAUAGGGAUGUAUCAUUAGCUCAGAAACUGCACACUGCUCAUCAUGACGACGUCUUUUAAAACACUUUCAAAACACACCGGGUCAUAGACGACAUCCAGUUCUAUCAACAUGAAAAUGCCACAAACAACUGAAUCAUCAUAUCAUUAGAAAUGCCUGCACUUGUACACAAGCAAAUGAUCUAGACAAGUAGACCACUAAGCUCCAUCCAAGCUAUAGCCUAAUAAGAUAAGAUAAUCCUUUAAUAGUCCUACACUGGGACAAGACAACAUCCACUCGUCGUACAUAAAUUAUGUCCCACUUUUUUCCCCCUCACUUUUGUCACCAUUUUAAUUGUGGCCUGUUUGAGUGAACUAAGGGGGCGGGGUUUAGUCGAAGCUCAGUUGUUAGAAUUAUGGUAACAACAUCCACUGCUUUCCAUGGACAUCCUCAUUUAUCCACAAGGUGGCUCUCUGUGAACAUAAACACUGAAUGUGACUGCAUGAGCGUCAAACCGCAGGGACAAACACAGCAGCAUGAGACUGAGUGAAUUAUUCAGUGUAUGUUUUGUGAUGUGGAAAUACCUUAUAACCUUUAAGUCAUGUUGUUUUUUUUGUGACUACUGUACUGGGUGACAUGCUCCUUGUAACAUUCCUGGUGAUCACUACUCUCUGAAUGUAAUAAAAACUCAACACCA